AUGCAUAAAAUGGAGGUCGUUAGUGUUCUUCAGUACCUUGACAACAAAUCCAUAUUGGUCAUUGGAGCUGCUGGGUUCUUAGCAAAUAUUUUUGUGGAGAAGAUAUUGAGGGUGGCACCAAACGUGAAGAAACUCUAUCUCCUUCUAAGAGCAUCAAAUGAAAAAUCUGCUAGCCAGAGGUUUAACGACGAGAAUUUGGGGAAGGAUUUAUACAGGGUGGUGAAGGAGAAGUAUGGUCCAAAUCUAAAGCAAUUUAUAUCGGAGAAAGUCACUGUUGUCAAUGGGGACGCUUGCCUUGAGGAUUUGGGUCUUCAUGACUCCGACUUGGCCCUUGAAAUGAUCCAUCAAGUUGAUGCCAUUGUUAAUCUAGCUGCAAUUACUAAGUUUGAUGAAAGAUACGAUGUAGCAUUUGGAAUCAACACAUUGGGUGCUCUCAAUGUCUUGAACUUUGCCAAGAGAUGUGCAAAGGUUAAGAUCUUUGUUCAUGUAUCAACAGCUUACGUGUGCGGGGAAAAGUCAGGCUUGAUAAUGGAGACACCAUACCGUAUGGGUGAGACAUUGAAUGGAACCACAGGUCUAGACAUCAACUAUGAAAAGAAACUGGUUCAGGAGAAACUUGACCAACUCCAAGCCACUGGAGCCUCUCCUGAAACCAUCAAACAAUCCAUGAAGGAUCUCGGCCUCACCAGGGCAAAGAUGUACGGAUGGCCAAACACAUACGUUUUCACGAAGGCAAUGGGAGAGAUGAUGUUAGGGGAAGCCAGGGAAAAUAUAUCACUUGCGGUGCUUCGUCCUUCAAUUAUUACAAGCACAUUCAAAGAACCAUUCCCCGGUUGGACCGAGGGCAUCAGGACCAUUGAUAGUUUAGCUGUUGGCUACGGCACAGGCAAACUCACAUGCUUUCUUGGUGAUCUUAAUGCUAUUUCCGAUGUGAUGCCAGCAGAUAUGGUAGUGAACUCGAUGCUAGUAGCAAUGGCGGCUCAAGCCGGGAAACAAAAAGAGAUUAUUUAUCAUGUGGGUUCGUCGCUAAGAAAUCCAUUGAAGAAUGAGAAAUUUCCUAAAUACGCCUACUGGUAUUUCAGUACCAAACCAUGGACUAACAAAGAUGGGAAGCCGGUUCACGUAAAGACUCUUGAGAUUCUGAGUACUAUGUCUAGUUUCCACAGAUAUAUGGCCAUACACUACUCCAUUCCUUUGAAGGGACUUGAAUUAUUAAACAUGCUGCUUUGCAAGUUGUUGGAGAAAAACUUUAGGGAUUCUCAUAGGACGUUAAAUUUCAUAUUCCGGCUUGUUGAUCUCUAUAAGCCUUACCUCUUUUUCUAUGGAAUAUUUGAUGAUACAAACACGGCAAAACUGCAAAGGAUGCUGGUGAAAACAGGAGACGAAGCUCAGAUGUUCUAUUUUGAUCCAAAGACUAUCAAUUGGGACGACUAUUUUUUGAACACGCAUGUUCCUGGGCUAGUUAAGUACGUUUUCAAAUGA